UACAGUAUGUAAUCCUCCCCGUGCUCAGUCUCUAGUCUGUUGUUCUUUUCCAAAGGCUCUCGUGGUCUCACAUUGAGAGUAUAUGCGGUCUCAUGAUUUGCCUCUCUCUUCCACCGCAACCUUCGCCUGUUCCUUCCUCCGCUGGUCAGUCCAGCAGCAGGAGCGCAAGCAGGUUCCAGAUUGUCUCCCGGGGAGUCAGCACUCGAAGGCGGGGAAGCGAGCGCCUGAGCACCCUCGGCAGCGAGAGCCUACGUCGGGAAGGGGAAGGCAGGCAGAGAGAGGGAUGGCAUCUUUGAGCCUAGGGCUCAGCGGAGCCCGCAAGAAGGCUGCCGUCAGGAGCAGUGCCGUGGAGAGGAAGAAUUUGAUUACCGUCUGCAGGUUCUCUGUGAAGACGCUGAUCGACCGCUCGUGCUUUGAGACCGUGGACGACUCGUCGCCUGAAUUCACCAACUUCGUGUCGAUCCUGGAACAGAUCCUCAGCCACCGGCUGAAAGGGCAGCUGAGUUGGUUUGGGUACGAGAGCGCUCGUAGCUUCUGGGACUUCAUCCGGCUGGCCUGCUGCAGGGUCCCCCACUCCUGCAUCCACAGCAUCGAGAAUAUGGAGAACGUACGCAGCUCCAGAGCCAAGGGGAGAGCAUGGAUCAGAGUGGCUCUAAUGGAGAAGCGUUUGUCUGAGUACAUCUCCGCCAGCCUGCGGGAUAUUAAGACCACCAGGAGGUUCUAUGAGGAGGGGGCCAUCAUGCUGGCAGAGGAGGCUGGACUACUGGCUGACAACCUCCUUGGACUCAAUGCCAUCGACUUCAGUUUCUGCCUUAAAGGUGAAGGGCUGGAUGGAAGCUGUCCUGCUGUCAUCGAUUACACGCCAUACCUCAAGUUCAUUCAGACGCCGGACAGCAUCAGCAGUGACGAGGAGGAGAUGCGGACGCUGGGCAGCAGCGGCAGCGAGGCCAGCACCCCCGAAUCCAACAUGGCCGCCGGCGCCCUGCUGGCCGACCAGAGCAGCUGGUUCAGCAAGUGCAAACGCGUCGAGCAGAAAUACAGAGUGGUGCUGGACCAGAAGGGCUACCUGGAGGAGCUGGUGCGUCUGCGUGAGGCCCAGUUAGAGGAGUGUGUGUCGGAGAAUAAGGUCCUGAUGCAGCGUCUCCACGACAACCAGCUCGGACACAAGAUGGAGAAGGAGCAGCUGGAGUACAUCAUACUGGAACUGCAGGACCAACUGACAGUGCUGAAGAAUCAUGACCUGCGCUCCAGGCAGAAGCUGACGGAACACCUGACCAAUCAGUGGCCUUCGCCGGGUUCCAUAGAAACCAACGCAGUUGCCUUGGAUACCCUGCUGUACAGGAAACACACGGGACAGUGGGAUGAGAAGAGCUUCCCGAGUCUGGAGCAGCUGUCUGUUGACAUGAGUCUGUCCCAGACGUCCCUGGACCCCGCACACACACACUCACACUCACACACACACACACACAGCCUGGAGGCCAAGGCCGGCCUCUCGCACUGGAACAGGGAAGGGAAAGAGGACACCCCGUCGCUGCGCGGCCUCUGCGGCUCCCUGACGUCGGUGGGCAGCUUCAAGUCUCUCACCAGCCUCAAGUCCAGUGAAUGCCUGGCCAGCCCCACCCCGGAGAUCACCAGCCCCACCCCCGACAUCACCAGCCCUGGACUCACACCCUCAUAAAUGACACUACAUGACAUUACACUACACUUAUGGUGCAUUCCCCGAGAGUGAGAUGGGAUAUUUCUGACCUCCUACAUGCUGAAAUGCAUUGGAACGCCUGUUGGAAUGUGGAAUGUUCAAGUCGCGAACUGGGGCCAAAUCGAAGUACCCCGACUUCGAAAUCGUGACGUCAACAGACACAGCAAUGACAGUGCACAGCA